ACAUGACGUCACAGUGUAGGUCAAAGUUGGACCGAUCGGGAAAAAAUUGAACAUGGCAGGUGCGAGCUCUCAAAAUUUUUUCGAGGGUACUGAGAAACUUCUGGAGGUUUGGUUUGAUGGUGACAACAAAUCUUCAGAUCUGCGAGAUGUCAAACAAGAGGACUGGGAGAAGCUGCUACGCAUCGUUAGAUGUGAAAUAAUCAGCAAGGAAAGCAAUGAUGACAUGGAUGCCUACGUUCUAAGUGAGAGCAGUAUGUUUGUGACCAAGUCCCGUUUCAUCCUGAAGACGUGUGGCCGUACCACCUUGCUGUUGGCUGUGGAGCCCCUCAUAGAUUUAGUCAAGGAACAGUGUGGAUUCACUAAAGUCCUUGAUGUUUUCUACUCAAGGAAGAAGUUCUCUAAGCCUGAGCAGCAGCACACAAUUCACCAGAACUUUGAAGAGGAAGUUUGUCAUCUGGAUAAGUUGUUCAAAAAUGGGGCUGCUUAUACACUAGGAAGAGUAAAUAAAGAUUGCUGGCACCUGUACACCAUGGAUGCAGUAGGAGUUAUGGAACCUGAUCAAAUGUGUCACCUUCUAAUGUGGGAAAUGUGUCCUGAAACAAUGAAAAUUUUCACCAAGAAAAUGUGCAAGGAUGGACCAGAGGCAACCAAAAAAUCUGGAAUCUGUGACAUCAUUCCUGGUGCCCAAAUUGACGACUUCCUGUUUGAUCCCUGUGGUUACUCCAUGAAUGGCCUGCUGCCAGGGGGUUACUACAUAACUAUCCAUGUGACCCCAGAGCCUCAUUGUUCUUAUGUCAGCUUUGAAAGCAAUGUUCCACAGGAGAACUACAUGGAGCUGAUGAAGAAGGUUCUGGACACGUUCAAGCCUGGCAAGUUCCUGAUGACUGUGUUUGCAAACAAGGAGUCUAUGGCUAAGGACAGUCACAAACAGUUGGAGGACAAGGACUAUGUCCCCGGUUACUCCAGGGCCGACCACCAGUUCUGUACCUUCAAGAACUACAAUCUGACCUACUCCCACUUUACCCGCCCUAUCAUCUAGGAAAUGGGGUCCGGGGGUUUGAGGUGUGGCUGCCUGUGUUUACCUCCCUCUAGGCCCCCGCUAGCCUUCUUUAAGGCCAUCUGUUUUUCCAAUAUUUGUUUGUAUUUAUCUCUAACCUCUGUUGUGUAUGUCGUGUUUCUGUGGAAUUCUCAUCAGACUGUUCUGAAAUAUAGACUUCGAUUUUCCUUGUUUUCUCAAAAACCUAGAUAAAUAGGCUUAACAAGCAACUUUUCAAUUAGGAGGACAAAAAUUGAAUUUUAUUUAGAGAUUUAUAUGAUAUUGUAAAGUUUUACAUUCAAGGAGAUACAUGUACUGAAAUUUAAGGAGAGAAUGCACUGUUAUGAUUUGUUUUCAUUCUUGAUGAAAUUUUUAUUAUUUUUUGUGUUGUUCCCAUUAUAUAAAUUAUGUUUUGGAUUUCUUGAUUUAUUAGUAUUUUGUUAUAACAAUAGUUAAAGAUUUUAUUUUGACUGAGAUUUCAAAUAAUAUUUUGAUAUUGUUAAUUUAAUCUGUUAUUGCAUGAACCUCACCCUGUGUAUAUUAUAACUUUUUAGGAAAAUUUUAAAAUUUAAAUCAGAAAUGUAUCCAAAAUUGUAUUAUAUAACAGUAAUGUGUUAAGCUUAAAAAGUAAAUUGGAUUAAACAAAACUAAAUAA